AUGGCCGAUAUUGCCCCAUCCGUCGCUGCAGAAGAGUAUCGCGAGUCCCUCGCCGCGGUCGAUCGGAAAGCCGAGGCCCUCGCAAAUCAAAUCAAGAAGAGCAAGCACUUCAUCGUUUUCACAGGUGCUGGAGUACGACCCCCAAAUCGGAGAGUGGACAACCGAGAGACAAAAGACUCUGGAACGCGACAUUGA